CGCCAAGAAUUGCCUGCAUUCAUUCGAUCGUGAACUUUCCAAGCGGUCGCAUCGCAGAGAAUAGCGUUAAAAAAAGAAUAUAAGAUAUUCCAGUGUAAAAACCAAAAUCUAAAGGGGACUUAAAACAAAAGAUGACUGAUACAAGGAGCAGCUUAAAGAUCCUUUUCCGGGGAGAGACACGCCUCAUCACUUGUGGAUCUUCAAACACCUACGAAGAGGUCAUCUCCCAAGCUAUGUCCCAUUUCGGUAUUCCGGAGACUCAAAGGAAUGCCCUCAUCCUAACAAAUGGCAACGACUAUGUGUUUGAGGCGCACUUGCUGGAGUACUUCCUGCUGCUGUUUCCCUGCCCGGAGAUCACCUUUCACUUGAGGUUCGACUGGUCCCAGAUGCGUCGAAGUCUCAGCAAGAAGGAGACCCUUAAGCGAAAGCGUCCAGUGGACCAGGAUCAGGCUACCGGCCAACAAGUGGAGGAGGAGGCAAAGGAAGAACCAGUGCAAGAGUACAAGCCAGUGCCGGUCUACCGGAUGAAUUGCUUUUUGGGAUCGUUGCCCAGUGGAAGGGCUGUUCCAGUUCAUCGCCAGAAUGGGUUCCUCAGGGAACAAACACAACAACUGGCGGAUAUUUCCACAGCUCGGCUGCUGGAUGAGGAAGUCCAGCAGCAGGAACCGCUUAAGAAGCGUCUUCGCUUGGAUGUCUGUGCCAAGCCUCGACGCACUGGGUCCACAUCAAUGGGCCCGUCUCCCAUUCCUGUCAUGCGCUCGAUUCGCAUUUAAGGCUCACUGAUCAUCAUUUGUACAUACAUAGAUAUAGUACGUAUACGAUAUUCCAUCUAAAUGUAGUCAUAAGCUAAAAGGUUGAACCACUGUUCCUAAGACUAACACUAUGCCUAUCUCACCAAAAAAAGUCCAAACCAAAUGUUAUAUUAUAUGAAAUAAAUAUUUUUUGUUAAUAUUUUAAGCUUAUCGAAAGCAAUUUAGUUCCUAAAUUAUAUUUUAGCAGAUUUGAUUAAGAUUUAAUUAAUUACCUAUUAACUUUUGUUUUCCGACUUUAAAACAAUUUAAACUUUUUAAAAUUCCAAUUCAUUAUUUUGAAAUUUUCAAGUCUUAUAUUAGUUUUCAAUCUCAAAGUCAUUUAUAAAAAUCUAACCAGUAAAAUAAGUUAUAAAGUUAUAAAUCUUUUACUCUCAGUGAAUGGAUUCAGUUUAAUAAAGUUAAGUCAUUUUUCAAAAAUAA